CCGGAAGUCAAGUAUAAUGGUAGAAAAACGUGAUGUUUGACAGAUUUAUUUUCAUAUUUCAGAUAAAAAAAUGAUUCCCUGUAAAUACACAGCAUUACUCCAAUGGUAUAGUUAAUUGAUAAAGUUUUAUCCAGUGUUUUAUCACAUUUAUACAUAAUAAUGGCGACCAGACGUUCUAGACUUCAGAUAAAGCCAAAUAUUGGUCCAAAGAUAACCAAAACUCCAGCCAAAACACCAGUAAAUGUUCCAAAGGCCUCAGAAACCGAAAAAUCCGAAACUGACAAACUUGUUACUGUAUUAAAAGAUAAAACGGUUCCACUUCUUCAGAAUUCUAAUAAUAGUGAAAUAAAAAGCACAGAGGAACUACAAGAAAAGAUAGCCAUAAAUUCACCCUCAAGAGAUGUAUCAGAAACUGAACCAGUUAAAAACUCUGUCAAUAAAAGUCCGACUCCUGCUGAGAAUGCUGUCAAGCCGUUAUUCAAACCUGACCCUGGGCCUCUCGCUCGGGGAAUAAGAAACCGUUUUGCAAAACCUAAACCAAAUAUUGGAUUAAGAGGUGUUGCAAGGCCGAAUUCUGCUAAACCAACUAGUCCUGUUAAAGUUUUCUCACCUGAACGAUCACCUAUCAAAUCGCCGAUUAAAUCACCUGUUAGACUUUCCCUUUCUAAUGAAGAUUCCAGUACCCAGCAAUCUAGUAUAUCGUGUGUAGAUACAUGUGAACAAGAUGAGAAUAGUCCUGUUGUUAAUGUAGAUCAAACAAUAUCAACAUCAACUAUAGACAAAAGAUCCACUCAACAAAAAACAGAAAAAAUCAAAACUUCACGGAGACAGAGAGCUAUUAAUAUUCGUCAGUUUCCUGAAGAUGAACCACCAGAUCGACAGAAGAUGAAAAUGAGUGAUCUAAUUUACUGGAAUCCUUCUAAAAAUCCAAUGAAACAAUCGAGUGAGAAGAUAAGAAAGCGUAGUAAUAGUAUAACAGUAGAAAGUAGUUCUACAUCAGAUAAUGUCGACAAUAGUUUUACUACUGAACCUGAUAAACAAGACGAUUCAUCCAUGAGUAGUGAUGCCAUGUUAGUCCCACAAGUCACCAUCGGUCCAGACGGCAGCAUGAUUAUAAACGAACAGAGUUUGGUAGUUGAAGCUGAACAUGAGAAGGAAGUUUUAUCACCAACUGAGAUUGUUGAGGAGGAUGAUGUAUACGUUAAUUAUAAUAGUUUCAGAAAUAAAGGAACAACUAAAUGUUGGCUAGAUAAUGAAACAGCCAGAUUCUACAGAGCUCUAAGUGCACUAGGAACAGAUUUUUCACUGAUGAGCAGCCUUUUCCCUCACAGAACCAGGAGAGAACUUAAGAAUAAAUUUAAGAGAGAAGAGAGAUAUAAUCGUCAGAUGGUUGACAUGGCAAUCAAAAUGAGGACACCAUUAAGUCUAGAAAGUUUUGAAAGCAUCGAAUCCGUUCUAGAGAAAGAUAAACAUGAGAGAGAAAAUAAACGUAAGGCAUCCAUUAAAAGAAAGAAAGAAGAGAAACAGGCGAGUAAUCCUGAAUAUAAACCAAAAAAGUCCAGACCUACCAAGGAAAUUAAAAAUACCAAGAAAUCCGUGGAAGAGGAAGAAGCUGUCGCGUCGUCGCCCGAGGCUAAUAAUAAUAAAACGAGCAGACCGUCAAGACCUAAAAAACCUAAAAUAACCAAGGAGAAGACAACUCCGGAUAAACUCAGUAUAAAAAGACAAGAUGGAGAUCAGGUUCAACCAGAGAUAAUCAGAAAAAGUAAACCAUUAGAAUAUGAAGAGUUUGAAUUUGAAUCAAGUGAUGAAGAGGACAAAUUACCAGCAAGGCUUCCAAAACUACAAAAAUCAUCCAAAUUCACCGAAUUUCAAAAUACAGCUUCUAAGAAAUUACAGGUGAUAUGUGCUAGUCGGCCUGUAUCAGAUGAUUCGGAUGAUGAUGAUAACGAAGAUGAUGAUGUCGAUGUCCUGGCUAGUGACAGUGAUAUUGAUGAAGAUGUAACGUCUAAUUCGAACAUUGCGAUCAAUCAUACACAAGAAAAUGUAACAUCUAAUUUGAACAUCGUGAUCGAUCAUACACAAGAAAAUGUAAUGUCUAAUUCGAACAUUGUGAUCGAUCAUACACAAGAAAAUGUAACGCCUUAUUCGAACAUCGUAAUUGAUGAUACACAAGAAAAUGAUUUAACGAAUGCUAAUAAUGACUUGCUUGAGAGUGCUGGUGAAAAUACGCCUAUAAACGAUAGUAGUGAAAUCCUCAAUUCAGAAAAUAUUGAAGAAAAUUUAUGUAAUAUCACCGAAGAUAUUAAUAAUAGUUCUGGUUACAUGACUUUCAAUAACGUGGAAGGUGAAACAAAUUUUGAUGUGACCGAUGAUAUCUUGCCAGUCGAAAAUCAGCCGGAGGGAAACGUGCCGGUCGUAGAAAACGAGACACCAUCACCCAUCGUCGUAACAACACCCGAAGACGAUGUUCCAAUGACUAAGAUCAAACAAAAGUCAGAGAAACUAGUGGAAAAUAAAACUAAAUUAACGUCGGAUAAUAUUCAAGCAAACACAGACUUCAAGAAAUCUCCGAUAAAUAAAUCAAAAACGACAAUUUCAAAUGUUGAACAUACAACCUCCACGACCUCCUCAACUACAACAGGUAAAAAUCAGACGUCGAAAACUGUGCCGAGACGAAUAAAGAAAUUCCAACCUAAUUUAAAUCUUGCCCGUAAAAAGGAUGCUUCUCCUGUCGGUAAUGUUAAGAAUUUACCUGUUUCAAGUGGAGCUGUUGCUAAGGAACAAGAAAAAGGUGAGCUCCCUGAUAUUUUUGCUUUAGCUUGA